AUGUCGGAUGUUUUAGAGUUUUUCAUUCCGAAUCACGUCGCAGAUUUGGAGGAUGUGACGAAGAUAGGACCGGGUUGCUACCAUGUCGAGACCGUGUGCGAGUUUGACGUUCCUGAGCGUCAGCAACUUGACGACUUGACACGGUUGUUUGAUGCAUUGCACCACGAAAAAUCACCCACCGCCCUAUUCACGAAGCAGGACCUUUUCCUUCCGCUCUACUCGUAUAUAAGAGCGAUUCGAGAGAAGUCCGGGCACCCGACUGUUGUCACGCGGGUUGCACGGCACAAAAUAUGCCAUGAGGUCGGUGAGCGCCUGAAGAAACUGCUCCAAGUGGCAGUGGCAUUUCUGAAGAAGCAGAGACUAGGAGGCGCGCAAAACGGUGCAUUGGAAGUAUGCCUGCGCUCUACUCUCAAGAUGUAUGCUUUCCUUGCCUGCAACAUACUUCUAUCUGUAGCGCCACCCGACGAAGAUGAGAAUCCUAGUGGACUUUCCCAGCAGCAGUCGCACCGGAAACGCUCGCGCCGCGAUAUGGAUGGCAGCUUUGGCGAUGAUGGAAGCGGUGUCGACAUGGACGGCAGGGAGUUGGUGCUCACUGCACUUGUCGAAUUUUGCUCACCGGACGUAAUGCAACUGUGGCCCGAGUGUCAUUUGGAGGAUUCGACGUUGAAUCUUGUUCUAAAAAUGUGCCUUCACAUGGUCACCUUGAAGCAAAAUAUUGUUGGCGAUGCUCAGUCAGUUGGCGGCGCCCUGGCACUUCUCUUUGCACGCGCAAGCAACUGCAUUCUCUCGAAAAGGAGCAUCGCAAACUCGACAGACCUUGUUUCUCCUUUAGUGGAGCUCUCGCUCAAGUCGGAAAGCGCUUCCUUGUUUCUCUCAAAACUUGUUUCUGACAUUGAGCAAAGCGAGACGAGCGUGGGAUUUGGUGAUGAGCUGCUGCGCGCUAUCUUUGAAACGAUGUCCCGAGCUGCCCUCUACGAGGCGGCCAACGAUUCUGCUGCUGCGAAGAAUGUCGCGUGCUUCUUUGGAGAAGUGGCGAAGCGCAGCAUUACUGUUGUGGUCAAGAUGGCUGACCUUGUUAUUCCUGUCCUGCAGAGUGAGAAUUACGAUAUCCGGAAGGCGCUAGUGACGUGUAUUGCGGAAAUGGUGCUUCAGCGCUAUACCGGACACGCGCGAAACGCCAACGAUGAUGCCGUUAGAAACUCGUACCUGAACGAGCUUCUUUUUCGUGUCAUGGAUGUGAACGCGUUUGUGCGUAACCACGUCUUGCAUACCUGGGAGCGCUUAGUGGAGAGUCGGGCGGUGCCAAAGAGGUACCACUUGGCGGUGAUGGCUGCGUUCGUCGGUCGACUCGAGGACCGCAAUUAUCUUGUCCGUGACGCUGCCAUGACUGUGAUUUCGAGCGUGCUGCGCAAAAACUGGUUUGGCAACGUUCUGAACACAGCGCUUCUCAAGAGCAAGUUGGAUGAGGCUCUCAGGGACGGAAUGGUGUGCUUUGGGGAUACGUCCGCGAUGGAGAAAGAAAUCGAGAACGCUAAGGCGCAGUUUCAGCCGGCGACGGAGGUGGUAGGCGAUCCUCUGGAGGUGAAUACGGAGGAGGUACAGGGGGCGGGCGUAUCGCGAGAGGAGGACACGGUGAUGUCCGACAAGCAGACGGUAGUCAUUAACAGGAUUGUAUUUUACCAGAACACGCUCUGUUUUGUCGAGCUGAUCAAGCAAGCACUGCAGUAUGCGUGUGUUUUGCUGGAUAGCAAGACUGAGCGGGACGUAAUUGAGUCGAUCAAGCUCAUUGUUGUCUGCUCUGAGUACCGUGUCCAGGGGGGAGAGCGGGCGUUUUUGAAGGUUCUUGUCAUGGUGUUUGAGGGCGAGAUGAAGAUCCAGUUUGCCGUCCGUGACGCUUUUGCAGAGGUCGUUUUCAAUGCGUUUAACCGCGUCGCGGCCUCGUCAGGGACCCGCGUCGCGGCCAGUGCGCAGAAGCUGAUCAGUGUCCUCCGUUGCGCCUCCGAGGGCGAGGUGAGCGCAGUGGAUCGCAUUUUGGGGCUCAUGAAAGCCAACCCCGCUUUUGCGCGACACCUCUCGGCGCAGUUUGUAGAGGCAAUGUGGAGCAUCGCAGAGGGUUCGAUCGACGCUGACGCCACCGACGGUGACCGGCGCAUCGCCAUGCGCAUCUACAGUCUGUUGAGCAAGUACGUCUGGAAGGACCUGCGCGCGCGCAAGGACAGCAUAGUCGAGUUUCUUUGCUCCGACAGCCACAAGGACAACGUACUCCUGUCGUACGUCUUCGCUGCUCUCCAAAGCGAGGCGCUGGACCCUCAGUUUCGCCCGAUUCCGGCCGAUGAGGAUGUCCGGCGGCAUCCGGUGCUCCGACACGUGGUCAAUCAUCUUUGCCGCCGCACGGAAGGGAUGGCGUCGUGGAUGAUCCUCGCGGAGGCUGGCGUCAACGUCAUACACACGCUGUGCGAGGUUCCUGUCACGGUGUACAACUACAUUCUCGAGUACUACGAGUCGUGCCAGAAUCUGGAAACGCAGCCGAACCGGAAGGCACAGUACCUUUUCUUACUCGGUCACACGGCACUGAAGCAGCUCGUGGCGGUGGAGGCGGCAGAGAAGGCGGAGCUGAAGGCUCUGGAAGAGCAGCCGAAGGCUGUCGCUCAGGCCGCGCCAAAGGUGAGGGACGAAACAGACUCGAUGCACAAGGAGCUCGGGCUUGGCUCGCACGAGCUACGGAGACACGAGAUUCAUGAGCUGGCGCAAAAGCGGAGGCAGGCGAUCAUUUCCCCCGGCUCUGUUUGGUCUCGCUUUGCCGAUAUGAUCGUCACCACAUGCCGCAAAAAGUCCUCGGUUUACGCGGACAAGCCGUUCGAGCGUGUGUGCGCCGUCCUCGCCCUUUGCCAGUACAUGAUCGUAAAUGAGGGCUUCUGCUCCGAGCACCUCAACCUCCUUUUUGCCAUCGUCGCGGACAAGCGCGAGUCGUGGGUGACGAAAGUGAACGUCGUGAUUGCUCUCGGUGACCUCGUGUGCGUGCACCCCAAUCUGCUGGGCCCGUAUCUCAGUGUUCCCACCACGGGCUUCUUCAAGCUGCUGGUCGAUGAGGACGUCCGCGUCCGCGCCGUGACGAUCCAGGUAUGCUCCCACCUUGUUCUGGGAGAGAUGCUGCGUAUCCGCGACCACCUGUACACCAUCGUGAAGCUCGUUGCAGACCCGGACGAAACGAUCGCCAACAACGCCGUUACCUUUGUGCAGAACUUGGCGAUGAAAGAGAAGGAGAAGACUGGCAAUUUGAUCCCUCCGCUGGCGACACAGCUGAGCAAUGUCAUGCCGUUUGACAAGUUCCAGCUGGCGAUGCGCACUUUGCUGGAGCGCGUGGAAGGAGACAAGCCGACGGAUUCACUGAUUGACCGUCUGUGCCAGCGCUUUGAGUCUUUUUCAGAACGCAGCAAGAAGAAGCUCGCCGUUGCACGCAACAUCGCGUUCUGCCUCAGCGAGCUCAACUACACGACGGAGCGGACAAUCAAGCGGGUGACGUCCGAGUCGUGCUACCAACAAUACAGGCACUGGCUGCGUUGCGCUGAGGUGUAUGAGUACUUCAAGCUCAUUGCAACAAAGGCGAAGAAGCAGGGCCGCGGUGGACCAGAGCGCCGUGAUCGCGCAGCCAUUGAGGAGUGGGAGGCAAGGAUGCAGGCGGACUCGUGCACGGAGGCUGACGGCGAGGAGAGGACGCCCGUCGCGGUUGUCCAGGAAGUGCCUGUGGAGUGA